AUGGUCGCGCCGGGCGCCGCUCUGAGUGACCUUUCACCCGCGCCGAGCGGCCCGGGGCGGUGGCACAAGGCGGAAGCCAUGGCGGAGGCGGCGGCUGCAACGGGCGGGAUUGGCGCGAGCUUCGGCUCUGCCGCGGACUCAGACUCGGGCCAGGGUCGCGCGGGGCGGAGGCUGCGGGUUCUGUCGGGCCACUUGCUGGGCCGGCCCCAGGAGGCUGUUAGUGCCAAUGAGUGCAAAGCGCGGAGAGCCGCGUCGGCGGCCACGGCGUCGCCCACUGCCACUCCUGCCGCGCCGGAGUCGGGCACCAUCCCCAAGAAACGGCAAGAAGUUAUGAAAUGGAAUGGAUGGGGAUAUAAUGAUUCCAAGUUCUUCUUCAAUAAGAAGGGCCAAAUUGAGUUAACUGGGAAAAGGUAUCCUCUCAGUGGCAUGGUUUUACCAUCUUUUAAAGAAUGGAUCCAAAAUAUUCUUGGAGCAAGUCUGGAGCAUAAAACUACCUCUAAAACAUCCUUAAAUCCUAGUGAUACACCUCCUUCUAUUUGUAAAUGA